GGUGCGCGCUUCGCACGUGCGACUACUAUGUUCUUCUCUUUCUCUGUGUAAUUGUGAAUUUGGAAAGUCAAAGUAGGAAGGUAAGAGAAAGGGAGAGGGAGACAGAGCAUGGCUGAUCUAUUCAUCUGGCUCAUCUCCUUCUUCCUUCUCAUUGCCUUACUCGUCCUCGUCACCUACCAGCUAAUGUGCCUGGCAGACCUGGAAUUUGAUUAUAUUAAUCCUUAUGACUUCUCAUCUCAAAUAAAUACCGUGGUCUUGCCUGAAUAUAUUAUACAAGGUUUCCUCAGCUGCUUCUACCUUAUUACUGGGCAUUGGGUCAUGUCAUUGUUCUGUGUUCCAUAUCUCUGCUACAACGUUCGAAUGUAUAUACAAAGAAAGCAUUUGGUUGAUGUUACUGAGAUAUUUAACCAGCUCUCUUGGGAGAAGAAGCAACGGCUUGUGAAGCUCUUCUAUAUUGUUAUCACCCUUUUCCUCUCUGUAAUUUGGAUGAUCUAUACAUCAAUGGAUGACCAUGAUGAUUAAUUAUGGAUUGCUUCUUUUGGGGAGUCCUUUUCUGGAAGUAACCAGUGCAGCAAAUUCCCAAACAGCUGUGGUAGAGCUAGUUAAUUACUUCUCGUACAUGACACAAUAAUGUGUUUGGAUUUCCGUUAAACUCAACGUGGGAUCCACGUUGAAGCCAAUGUGUCAAAAUCCUGCUUUUCCGGUCUACAUUAAACUCAACUUGGCAAAAUCUAACUUCUCCAUUGGUGGUGCCUUUUAGAUAUGUGAAAUCAUGUUUGCGCUAACGCCAAAACAAACAUGCACUAACAUGUUCAACUGCACUUUAGGGGUGAGUUUCAGGCUUGUUUUGAAUGUUGGACUGUAAGAUAUAUGUAUCAUUGUACCGCAAGCAGUUUCAUAUCCUGGAGUUUUUGUGCUUAUUUAACUCACGUCUUCCUGCAUGACUAAAAGCAUAUAGAGGAGGAACUUGUAACUAAUGAGGGAUUUGUUUUUUUUGCUAAUGUACAAGCAAUGUAUUCAUACA